CUUGUCGAUUGUUUCUUGUAAUUUUACAGGAUUACGAACAAUAGAAUACGUGUAUGAAGUAUGCGACGAGACAAGUCAUAACAAUAAUAACAUCGGGAAUGUCUGGCUUGUUGGACCCAAUAACUGGAGACUACAAACAUACUGAACAUCCCAUGACAACAAUGGUAUUUUUAUAACAUUAUUCAUGGCACUUUGAGGAAACAUUAAAGAGUGAAGAGAUGGCUGGAAAGGAAGCAUUUUGCAUGUCCAAUCCAUUACAGCCGGAGAAUAGUCCAGAUGCCAUCCGUACCUCAACGUCCCUACGGACCUUAUCUCUUAACGACGAGACCAAAUCACUGUCUGAUCAAGGCUGCUGCAGCACCAGCACCACAUCAGACGAGAACUCCUUCCCAGACGUCUCUCUUCCCUCGUCAUCAUGGCGGACCCUGUCAUUGGAUGAGCAGCUUCUCAGGGGGCGAGGAAGGGGGUCCUCCUCCCAGCGCCCCCCCUAUCAUGAACAUUGCUGUCGUAGGGUAUCGUCGUGUCAAACCAUCAGCGGCAAUCUUGCGCUGGACCCCAUGAUCACCUGUAAACUAUGUCUGUGUGAAUGCAAGCUUCACGAGAUGCAUCAAAUGCAUAGGUGUUCCUGUAUUUACUGCAAAAAGUGUCUUGAACAGUACUUGGUGGUCUUGACAGAAGAGGGCGCUGUUUCUAUUGUAACCUGUCCGGACGCUGCGUGCAAGGAGCACGGCAGGAUAGCAGAUGAAGAGAUUCAAUUGUUGGUAGAUGAUGCUCUCUUUGAAAGGUUCAAGAAAGUCAAGUUCAUGAAAGAAGUGGAGUUAGACCCAGGCCGUGCAUGGUGCCCUAGGGUAGGGUGUAAUACAGUCUGCAGACAGACAGAAAAAGAAAAAGAGAAACAAGAAGAGGAACGACGGAAGGUUAAAGGAAAGAAACUCAUCCGUAUCAACGGGAAAAAAUUCAACUGUUCCAAGUGUGGUCUUACAUUCUGUUCAAUCUGCAAAGCUCCAUGGCACGGUGGAAGACCUUGUAGUAAACUAUCUAGAGGAGGAACAGGCAGCACUUCAGGGAAGUCUAGAGGAACAUCUCAUAUCCUUGAUAUGUUAGGUAUCCAGAAAGAUGAUUCAGAUGAGGUAUCAAUCAAGCGCUGUCCGUUCUGUCAUAUACCCAUUGAAAGGGAUGCUGGGUGCGCUCAGAUGAUGUGUAAGAACUGUCAACAUGUCUUCUGCUGGUACUGUCUGGCAAACUUAGAUAAUGACUUUCUGCUGCGUCAUUAUGACAAGGGACCCUGCAAGAAUAAGCUUGGACAUUCCAGGACAACGGUUAUCUUUCAUCGAGCUCAGAUUGUAUGUGUGUUUGCUGGUUUUGGAUUCCUGCUUCUCAUCGCGUCACCGUUCCUUCUCCUUGUAGCCCCAUGCAUCCUAUGCUGUAAGAGUAAAUGGGGCAACAUGUGUGAUGACAUAGAUGAAAUACCAGAGAGUUAGAAAACAGGACUUUAUUCUCUGCAACAUCUCCCUUAAAGGGAUCUGGUAACUUUGUCUCAGAUUCUGAAGAAAAAAACCUGGAUAUAGCUCAAGCUGCAAUCAUAAUUAUAAACCUUUAGGACAGUCAGG